AUGGGUUUCGCUUCAGCAAAGGGGACGAACGACCCCCCCGAGGUUCGCAACUGGAGAAUCCACUUCAUUGCUCUCGUUGCGUCCAUGGCGGCCUUGUCCAUGGGCUAUGAUACGGCCGUCAUAGGAGGCACAAUGGCUCUCGACUCCUUCGUCCGCGACUUUGGCAUCGACAAGAUGACCAUCCAAGAAAAGAAUAAUUCCUUAGCCAACAUCGCCUCCAUGUUUCAAGUCGGCGCCUUCUUCGGUGCUCUCCUCACCUUCCCCGUUGCCGAGAAGUACGGUCGCAAGAAGGCCAUCAUGAUGGCGGCUCUCAUCUUCUGUGUAGGCGGAGCCAUGAUGUCCGGAGCCAACGGCGACCUCAAACUUGUCAUCGGUGGCCGCGCCAUCGGCGGCCUUGGUAUCGGCAUGGCUACCAUGACGGUUCCGGUCUACAUCGCUGAGACGUCACCGCCGAGUAUCCGCGGACGCCUCGUGGGCAUUUUUGAGAUCUUCUCUCAGGGCGGCGGGAUGCUCGGGUUCUGGAUCAACUACGGCACGAGCCGUACUAUCGAAGUUGAGAAUGAGGCGCAAUGGAUCGUGCCGCUGGCCUUACAGCUCCUUCCGGCCUUUCUUCUUUUCGUUGGCAUCAUGUUCUGUCCAGAAUCACCCCGUUGGCUGGCUCGAGGUGAUAACUUCGAGGCCGCGGAAAAGGUUCUGGUAUACGUGCGAAGCCUCCCCGCCGAUCAUCCCUAUAUCCAAAAUGAGAUGAGCGAAAUAAGACAACAAGUUGAGGAGCGAAGCACCGUUCGACUCAGCAAGAAGCAACAACUAAAGAAACUCCUUGCUCCUGGCACGAGAAACCGCGUGGGUGCUGGGACGUUUCUCAUGUUUCUGCAAAGUUACACAGGUGUCAACAUAAUGACAUACUAUAGCGUUUACGUUUUCGAGACCCUUGGAAUCACUGGAACCAGCAACAAGCUAUUCAGCACCGGAAUCUACGGGAUCGCAAAGAUGUUGGGCAUGAUUCUGUUCGCAGUAUGGGUCAUCGAGGGCCUCGGCCGUCGCAGCGGACUUCUAUGGGGUGCUUUCGUUGGCAGCAUUCCCCUCUGGUAUGUGGGCGGGUAUGUCAUGGUUGCUAAUCCGACCGCCAAAGCAGCGAGCGGUGUCAUUCAACAAGAUGCGUGGGGUUAUCUUGCCAUGGUCUGCAUUUACCUCAACGCCUUCAUCAUCUGCUCCACUAUCCAGGGAAUCACGUGGACAUACGCAUCCGAGAUCUUCCCCUUGGAUAUCAGGAUGCUCUGUGUCGCUAUGUCUACCGCGUGUACGUGGUUGGGCUCCUUCAUUGUCGCGAGAGCCACUCCUUUCAUGAUUACCGACCUCGGGUACGGGACGUUCUUCAUGUUUGGAGGAUUCUUGAUCUUUAUCGGCGUUUGGUCAUUCUUCUUCAUUCCGGAGACAAAAGGUCGCUCGCUGGAGGAUAUGGACAUUCUGUUUUCGCGGCCGACACAUAUGGUUGUUUGGGCACAGCUCAGGGGAAGGCCGAUCCUGUCGACGAAUACUCCAAUGUCGCCCAGAGGAUCCAUAGACAAAGGCGAAGUCAAGGUGGUUGACAUGGCCUAG